AUGGCAAAACUAAACAUUUUCUUUUUACUACUAUUUUUCUUCCACAACAAUCAUCUUCCAGCAGCCCAAUCAAAGCCCGCAUCCGGCCCAAACCAAGAGCCCCUCGACUUCAUCAAAGCCGAAUGCCGGGCCACCCGCUACCCGGCCCUCUGCGUCCAGUGCCUCUCCAACUACUCCGCCACCAUCCAGCAGAGCCAGCGCCAGCUGGCCCGGGCCGCCCUCUCAGUGAGUCUGGCCUGGGCCCGGUCCGCUGCCGCCUUCGUCUCCAGGCUGGCAAGAAUCGAGGGCAUGAGGCCCACGGAGCACGCAGCCGUGAAGGACUGCGUGGAAAACAUGGGCGACACCGUGGCCCAGCUGUGCCGGUCCGUGAAGGAGCUAGGCUCGAUGGGCCGAGGCCCGGGUCAGGAGUUUGAGUGGUGCGUGAGCAACGUCCAGACGUGGGUAAGUGCGGCCCUGACAGAUGAGGACACGUGUCUGGACGGGGUUUCCGGGUCGGGCCUGGACGGGAGCGUGAAGGGGAAGAUAAGGAGACGGGUCGUCGGGUGUGCCCGGGUGACGAGCAACGCGCUGGCGCUGGUUAAUAGGUUUGCGGCCAAGCACAAGGCCGGUGGUUCGAUGAGCGGUAUAAAUGGGAUGCCUUAA